AUGGUUAAACCCCUGUCGCUGAUAACAGGACGAGGAAAGGCUUUGGUAGUUCUCUGUAUCGUUGGAGUCGCCGUCGCACAGUACGGACAUCACGGCCACCACGAAGAGCAUGUUGUCGACCAUUAUGCCCCACCAAAGUACAAGUUCGACUACGGAGUACACGACUCCCACACCCACGACGUGAAGAAGCAGGAAGAGACCAGGGAAGGAGACGUGGUCAAGGGCUACUACUCCCUCUACGAACCCGAUGGUACCGAGAGGAUCGUCCACUACACCGCAGACAAGAAGAACGGUUUCAACGCCGUCGUAGAGAGGAAAGGACACGCUGUCCAUCCCCAUGUGGAAGGAUCUAAAGAGACCUUCUUCAAGCACCACCACGACCAUCACUACUAA